GGCCUCAACAGUCAACAGUGUCCUUACUCAUUCUAUAAAAUAUAAACCCUAACGCAAGAAAAUCCUUUUCUUCCCCUUUCCACAUUCUUCACCUGUUCGAGCUUAGAGUUCGUAGUCGAAUUCUUCCUUAUUCUCUUCUUUUGGGCUCUAUCUAAGGGAGCUUGUAUAUGAUAUGAUGAUUUAGUCCACACAGUUGUCACAUAUACAGAUUAUUUUAUAUAUAUAUAAAAUUUUGGACAGAUUAGUUGCAAGGACACAUGGCUAGUACACUGCCUGGUGAUUCUUCUCAUCAUGGAACAAACUUGCAGAAUCAUUCUCAGGAAGUACUGGAGGAUGGUGGUCGUUGGUACUUUUCUAGGAAAGAAAUUGAAGAAAACUCUCCAUCCAGACGUGAUGGCAUUGACUUGAAGAAGGAGAAUUACUUGCGUAAAUCAUACUGCACAUUUCUACAAGAUUUGGGCAUGAGACUGAAAGUUGCAGGCCCCAGCUAACAAUUGCUACAGCAAUAAUUUUCUGUCACCGAUUCUUUCUUCGUCAAUCCCAUGCAAAGAAUGAUAGGAGGACUAUUGCCACAGUGUGUAUGUUUCUUGCGGGGAAGGUCGAGGAGACUCCCCGUCCACUGAAAGAUGUUAUCCUUGUUUCUUAUGAAAUCAUUCAUAAAAAGGAUCCUGAAGCUGUUCAGAGAAUCAAACAAAAGGAGGUAUAUGAACAGCAGAAAGAAUUGAUUUUACUUGGAGAGAGAGUUGUACUUGCAACUCUUGGUUUUGAUCUAAACGUGCAGCACCCAUAUAAACCUCUUGUUGAUGCAAUAAAGAAAUUUAAGGUUGCUCAAAAUGCCCUUGCUCAGGUGGCAUGGAAUUUUGUGAACGAUGGACUGCGCACAUCUCUUUGCUUGCAAUUUAAGCCCCACCACAUUGCAGCAGGUGCCAUUUUUCUUGCUGCAAAGUUCCUCAAAGUAAAGCUUCCAUCAGAUGGCGAGAAAGUUUGGUGGCAAGAAUUUGAUGUUACCCCACGCCAAUUGGAAGAGGUGAGCAAUCAGAUGCUUGAACUCUAUGAACAGAAUCGACCUUCAACUAACAAUGAAGCUGAAGGAAGCACUGUAGGUGGGGUUACACACCAGACCACAUCAAAAGCUUCAUCUGGCAAGGAAGAACAUGCAACAGCUAAUAGUCAUUCUCAGGCCGGAGUUACAACUUCAAGACCUGGGACCUCAAACUCAUUGUCGCUUGCAGAUAAUUGUGGUGGGGCUCCAAGAACCACUCAUACUCAAAGUAAAGAGAAUGCAAGUGGAGAGGUGAAGAGUGCCUCUGCUCAUAAUGCUGAUGGUGAGUCUUCAGAUUAUGUAGACCAAGGAGUAGACAGAGUGGUUCACCAUGGGAAUAUGGGGGAAGCUCAAAACCCAUUGAGACAUGCAUCACAUGGAAAAGAAGAUCAAGAAAGCAAUGCCGCAAGAAGUGAAAUAAGUGAAGCAGGGGAAUUAAAAGACAAACAUUUUGGUCGAAAUUUGGAAAACAGAGAAGGUACAGUUGGGCAGUCACCCCAAGAUGCUAUUAAAAAGAUUGACAGAGACAAAGUAAAGGCAGCGCUGGAGAAACGGAAGAAGUCAAGGGGUGAUGUCACUAGGAAAACUGACUUCUUGGAUGAGGAUGAUCUCAUUGAGAGGGAACUGGAAGCUGGAAUUGAACUAGCUGCAGAGAGUGAGAAGAGUCGACGGGAGAGGAGGCAAAGUUAUUCUAAGCCCUUAGACAGGCAAGAGCAUGAAAACCCACAUCAUGAAAAAACUCAAGAGGAUGCAGGGGAUGGAGAACGUCAAGGAAUAAAGGGGCAUUUGUCACACAAAUCAGAUUUGAACAAUAUGGAAGAAGGGGAAGUUCCUGACGAGGUCUUUCACUCCCCCAAAUCAAGCAACCGCAAGCGGAAGUCAUGGAGCCCAUCAGACAAAAUGCCUGAGGGCAAGCAUCGGAAUGAUUAUGUGCCUAGCUCACACCAUUAUAAUAAUCACGACUACUUGGAUGACCGAAACAGGAUGAGCAGGCUUGGUUACGUGGAGAGGGAUCACUAAAGGUAUGGACCAGAAAUCACGUCUGAGGGAUGUCUUUGUUCUCUGAAACACAUAUUUAGUAGAGUUGCUCUUGGGAUGAUUAUAAUUGUUUUCGAGAUCACAGUUGCUGUCAGAUGUCAUCAAGCCUUUGGUGGAAGGAUAACAAUAUUGGGUAUAAACAAUGGAGGUCUUUUUCUCUUUUAAAUUGAUUAUUUGGACCCAACUUUCAUAUAAUUUGUAAGAAAUGAGUUUAUCCAAGACAUGAGGCGACUCACAUAGCCGUGCCACUUUGCCCACCAGUCUCGUCUCUUUGAAUGCUUGGAACCAUUAAUCCAUGUAUAAUAAUGAUGAUAAUUUUGUAGAGGAAUUAUGAUUACACGUCAAAGGAUCUUUUGGUGCUGGAAUUUUUAGUCAUUUUUAAUUAUGGGUGCUCUUCAUGCUUCCGUUUA